CAGUUUUAUCAUUCUUGCAAUUGCAUGCCAUUACUAUGUGGUUGUUGAAACACACUCAAAGAAACAUAAACACCGCACCAAAGCAAUUCAUCCCAUUACCGGAAGGACGCGCACGCCGUGGACAGCGCUGUCAUCCGGGGCGGAGGAGGGAGCUGCAGCAAUCGCGCCCCCUUCUGGAGCUCCUCAGAACUACCAUUAAGCGAUUCGAAAUGGGGCUACGUGAAGGUGAAAACAACUCUACAACUCUACAACUGAGGGGCAGUCUUACAGGCUCCAGAUCUAUAGCAGACACACCCUGGCCCUGCUGUAAAGUACAGCCUCCUCCUGUAUAAAUAAUCGUCCAAGAGAUGUGAAAGAUGCAGAGGCUUGUCUACUGAGCACCUUCAAUCUCAGAUUUUGCCAUGGGUGCCAUGAGACUCUGCUUCCUUCUCUUCUGCCUCUUCCUGGUGAGCGUCUCUUCUGUGAGAAAACUUAACAAUAUUGAUGACUUGAGAAACAGUGGCUAUGGAAGACCUCGUCCACGUCAUGGACUCCAAUUAAUUUUCUGGUUUGCCCAAAGAGUGGUUGUUGAUCAAAACAACAAUCGUUUCAGUUUGAAUUUUAAUCCUAUUGAAGACGUCUAUGGAUUUCAUUUGUUUCGAAAUAGAGAGGUCAUUCUUCCCUCAUUGAGCUCCAGGCAGAGUUACUAUUCUGUUGGUAAUCUAAAUUAUCGUCAUGCUAAUGCAUUGCCGGAGUAUGUGCGGAGGUUUUACAGAAACAACAAUUUACCAGAAAGAAACAUGGACAGGCUUAUGAUCUCUUUGGAAGAAAACAGUUCAUACAGGACAUCCAGGGUGUUUGUUACAGCACAUAACCGAAACAGGAAUGACUUUAAUUCUUUGGAGACUUAUGAGAUCGAUCCUGCACUGAUCUUGCAGAUCAGACAAACUUAUCCUUGCAAUAAUUAUGUUAUUUCCAGCACCUCAAACCAUGAUGAUGAAGAUGAUUAUACAGAAGAAGAAAGAUGCAGUCAGUUUUUGACAGCGACAGGGUAUAGCAGCAACACCUGUAAAAACCCGAACAACCGUCGAAAGAAACGCUCACCCUAUCCCCAGUGCAAUGCAUAUGAGGAAAUUAAACUACAGAUUAAAACAACUACACAAGGUUACUCGAAACUUAUAUGGGAGAAUGUACCUGCUGACAUAAUGAAAAACCAUAAGUAUGUAUACAUUGAUAUUUGCCAAAACACUUAUUCCAGUGAUCCUAAUCAAGAACCUACACAGGUCAGGAAAACAUCUUUUCUAAUUCAUGAAUCAUCUGGGGCUUUAGAUACUUCUGUCUCCCUGAAUGAUGGUCUCCAACCCCGACUGCGACUGUACACAUCACGUUCGAAUUAUUAUUUUACCGAACCAUACUUUUGGUAUGGACCAGAGUUUGAUGGAGCUAACAAAGUGAUCCCCAUUAGAAUAAAAGGGUUUGAUGCUAGCCUGCAACUCUAUGCUAAACAUGGCAAAGCCUGUGCUCGACUCUACAUCAAAAAAACCUUCAGUGACUGGAAGAAUGUUCUUUCCUACUCAUGGGUUGGGUUCUACAAAAAUUCACAAGAUAAAAAUGAUGGCUAUGACACAUAUCAAUAUGCUGUAAAUUUUGCAAUGAUUGACAACACUACCAUAAAGAAUUAUGAUAUUUACCAGUACGAUUCCAGUUUGGCUAUGGCUCCUGGCGUUCAAAUCCGCUUCCUGCUGGACAAAAAAUAUAACAAAGUUUUAGCACGAACUACGCCCUGGGAGAGGGAUGAAAAAGUGACAUCAGUUUGUGACAAAGGGAAUCUUCAGCCUAAACCCUCAUCAACCUGGUCUUAUCCAGAAUUCUUUUAUGAACCAGAGUUCUAUGAUGCUAACAAUGUCCUCCCUAUUAAAAUACAGAAUGAUGCUGGUCUGCAGCUCUUCACCAAAGAUGGUAAAGCCUGUGCUCGGCUUUAUAUCAAGAAGUCCUUCACAGACUGGAAAACUACCUUCUACUACUCAUGGGUGGGGUUUUACACUAGUUCACAAGAAGCACAUAAAUAUUACAGCACAUAUCAAUAUGCUGUGAAUUUUGAAAAGAUGGGGGAUAGUACCAAAAAUUUUGAUGUUUAUCAGUUCAAGUCUGAAUUGGCUAUUGCACCCGGAGUACAGAUCCGUUUCCUGAUGGACAAGAGCUAUGAUAAAAAAUUAGUGGAAACUGAGCCCUGGAAGAGUGGAUAAAAACUCACUAUUAAUAAAUCAGAUUAUGACAAACCAUAAAAGCUUUAAAGCAGGAUAAUAUCGUUCUAACAGUCUGAGCUCAUCCAAUCUUAUAUGUUAUGAUUUUUAACAAUCUGCUGUCUGUGUCCUGAUAAGAAUGACAAUUAUUACAUUAUUCUAACAUUACACUGUUAAUCACAGAUCUCUCUAAUAUACUGUAUCUUAAUUUGUUAUUAACAAAAUAAUUAUUCUAAAUGAUGUAAAAUGUUAACAGUAAUCUUGCCAUUUACAUUAUUAUAAAAUAUUAAAUUUUAUUGAACAAUAAUGUGACAUAGCCUUUCUUUGCUUGUUUUAUACAGCUUAUUAA